AUGGCUGUAACCGCAAUACCAGCACCAAUUUUCGCAGGUCAACUUUCCGAAGACGUAACUAGAUUUUUCAAUAAUUUCAAACGCGUAGCAACCGCUAAUAGUUGGGAUAACCCAAAAAAAUUAAUUAUGUUACCUAUCUCUUUACGCAAUAUGGCGCAAACGGUAUUCGAAGCGAUUGAAUUACAAAACAAUAACUUAACCUGGCUUGCAGCAAAAACAGCAAUGAUAGGGUUCUACAACUCGGACGCGCAAGUUCGAUUAAAAAAGCAAAAUUUAGAAUCAAGGAGAAAAACAGAUACGGAGACGAUUCAGGAAUAUUUAUUGAAUGUAAAGGCGGAAUGUAAAAGAGUAGAUAAAAAUAUGCCUGAGAGACAUGUAAUACGAUAUAUUAUACGAGGAUUGCCAGAAGAGUAUUUUAGAAAAUUAGAAAAUAUGAAUUUGGAUUCGCUCGAGAUACUCGAUGAAAACAUUAAAAGGUUAGAAAGAAACGCAGGGUUAAAUGAUAAAACUGAUAAGGACAGUGAAAUAGAGAAAUUAAAAAAGCAGGUCGAGAUUUUGACGUUGUCUAUCCAAAAUAACCCCGAAGUAAACUAUAUUAGGCCACCACGCAAUAAUCGAGCAACUAAUCGUACUACUAAUUACCGCAAUGAACAGCGAAACAACAAUAAUAGGAGUCAAUACAACAACAAUAGUAAUAACAACAGAAAUUUUAAUCACAAUAAUGUAAUAAAAUUCACCAAUAGCGAUAGUAAGCCCGCGGCGCAAUUGAUAGACGAUAAAUAUGAAAAUCAAUUAUCCAUUGAUUAUAUGGCUGCGCGAACCAAAAUAUUAAAACACGUGCCCAAAGACGGAUUUUGUGGCGUGAACACUUUAGUUGAAAUUUUGAAAAAUAAGAAUAUAGACAUAGAUUCCCACGGCAUUAAACAAUUAUUAAACAUAGAUUCCGCGAAACGGCCAGUAUGGCUGGAUUCAGAAGACUUGGCCGCAGUCGCUUCACAUUUUAAUAAAAUAUUAAUAAUUUCUCAAGGCGACGAGCCUUCCGUCAAUAAUACCGCCGUCAUUGCAUUUGUUCAGCCACAUCGCGAAAACGUGUUCGUCCUUUUCUCACGGAGACAUUGGACACCCCUGGUAUAUGUCCCUAACACGGAGAUAAAUUUUAAAUUUCUUACAGUUAUUAAAAUUAAUGACUCGAGUUCCUUAAGCGUUAGGCGCGAUAUUUUAACCAAGCGAAUUAAAGAGUCCGAUUUCACUGAUAGUAUGGAAAACAAUAAGAACCAACAAUUGCUAUCUCGAGUUUCUAACAAUGCAGACGUGGUCAGAGAACCAUUGAUGAACAAACGCGCUUCAAAUAAAAAUUUCGCAGAAUUCACCCGUGGCAAUAACAAUACGUCGCGAACGUUGUCUGAAAAUAUGAAAUAUGAUAUCAAUCCAUCAUUGUCUCCCGAUAUGAUAAAUAAAUUAAAUACGUUACUAAAUGAAUUUUCUCACGUUUUUUCAAAAACCAAAUACGAUUUGGGAGAGGCUCACCUCCCUGAAAUCGAACUAAAAUUAAGUAACAAUCAAAUUAUCAAUCUACCAAAUUUUAAAUUAAGCGCCAUAGAAAGAGCUGAAGUCGAAAGGCAAACUCAAGAACUUUUAAAAGCAGGUAUAAUAGAGCCAUCUACAAGCGCGUACUCUAAUCCAAUAUUUUUAGUAGGAAAAAAUUUACCACAAGGGGAUAAAAAAGGUAAAACCCCUCAAGAAUAUAGAAUGGUUCUUGAUUACAGAAAAUUAAAUUUAAUAUUAUUACGAGAAAGCUUUCCUAUGCCAAUCAUACAAAACGUCUAUGACUGCUUGGCAGGUAACAAUUACUUUUCCUUAUUAGACGCAUCGAGCGGUUUUUACCAAUUCAAACUUUCCAAAGAUUCGAGACAAUACACAGCCUUUUCGACAGAAACCGGUCACUAUCAAUUCAAAAGAUUACCAAUGGGCCUUAAUAACGCGCCGUCCAUUUAUCAGUCUGCCAUGUGCAAAAUCAUGGGAGGCCUUAAUUAUAAAAACAAUGUUUGCUACCUCGACGACUGUGUCAUUUUUGGCAAAACAUUUGAUAGCUAUUUACAUGCACUAAAACUUACAUUAGAAAGAUUUUCAUACUACAACCUCAAAUUAAAACCAUCUAAAUGCAAAUUCGGAUACCAAGAAAUUAAAGUUUUAGGCAACGUAAUAAAUUCACAAGGUAUAAAACCAACCGAACAAGGCCUAGAGUCAAUAAAAAAAUUUCCAUCGCCUUUUAACAUCAGUAAAAUUGCAAAGCCUUUAUCAGAUUUAACAAAAAGGAUAUUUAAAAGUAAGCGCGAUAAAAUUAAUUGGACAAACGAGCACGAAAAAGCUUUUCAAGAACUAAAAAAUAAAUUAACUAGUGAGCCUCUUCUAGCACAUUAUAACGAAAACUAUCAAUCGAUAAUCGUAACAGACGCGAGUCGCGAAGGUCUUGCCGUAAUUUUGCAGCAAAAAGACGAUAGUGGCAUAAUUCGACCAGUUUCAUAUGCUUCCAAAAAAUUAACUUCUACUGAAUCUAAUUACUCAGCAAUGGAACUCGAAGUUUUAGACAUACACUUUGCAUUUACCCAAUAUCGACAAUAUCUACACGGUAUUUUUAAUAAAGCUGCCGACCAUUUGUCGCGUUACCCUUAUUCAGAAACCGGGAACGGCAAAAUCGAACUAUUUCCGUUAGAUUCAAUAAAACGCGAAGACGUAAAUAUUAACUUAGUACAAUCAAUCAAUAUUCAAGUAGAUCAGGCAAAUGAUGAAUAUUUACAAAAUAUUAUAACAGCAAUUAGAAACCCCGACGUGAGANAAUGA